UUGUUUCAUCUUUGUCACACACUCACUCUAGCUGCGGGAAGAAGAAGAAGAAGAAAGAUGCCAGGAGCAAUUGUGGAGGAAAAGAAAUCGCAGAUUGAAUCCAUCAAAGAGCAAUUGAUACUCGAGAAGGAAGAUGAUGUUUUUGUGGAGGAGUACGACGAUGACGAAGACGAUGAGGACUUCGGAGGUGAAGGAGAAGGUGGAUAUGAGUAUUCAAACCAAAGUAGAAGCGAGAAGAAAAGUCGCAAAGCUCUUCUAAAGCUUGGCAUGAAACCUAUAUCAGAUGUCAGCAGCGUGGAAUUUAGAAGAGCCAAGAAUGUGUUUUAUGUCAUCUCGAACCCAGCUGUUUACAAGAGUCCCAAUGCUGACACUUAUGUCUUUUUUGGAGAGGCUAAGCUCGACGAUCUGAGCUCUCAGCUACAAACUCAGGCUGCUCAGAGGUUCAAGACGCUUGACAUGACAUCCAUGCUACCUAAUGAUGCUUCUCAAGCUUCCAUGGCUCCACUAGCAGAGGAAGAAGACGAAGAUGACGGAGGCUUUGAAGCCAGAGACAUUGAUCUUGUUAUGACCCAAGCAGGUAUCUCUAAGGCCAAAGCCGUGAAAGCUCUAAAGGCCAAUGAUGGAGAUAUCGUUUCAGCCAUUAUGGAACUCACCCCUUAGGGUUUUUUAAGCUGCAAAGUCACCACAACAUAUCUUCUUUUGCUCUUGUUUAGUUGUUACUUGUCCCUGUUACCAUUGGUUUGGAACAUUAUCGAUUCCCUGCUUUUUCUUCUUAA